GGCCGGGCCGGGCUGGGCUGCGGAGCGUUCCCAGGGUCCGGCUCGGAGCGGCUGCGGGCAUGGAGCGCUAGCGCCUCCAGCCAUGGGCGCCGGGGCCGGGGCCGCCGCGCUGCUGGGCUGCGCCCUGCUGGGCAUCGCGCUGGUGGCGCGGGCGGGCGCCGGGGCAGCAGCUGGGCAGUGCCUGGAAGGCUCCGCACCCUGCGAGAACGGCGGCCAGUGCGUGCUCUAUUCCAAUGGCAAGGCGGCCUGCGUGUGCCUGCCUGGGCUGAUCGGGGAACGCUGCCAGUUCCAGGACCCCUGUCACCAGUCACCCUGCGCCAACGGGGGCCUGUGUGAGAGCUCCCUCAAAGAUGGCACCGUGCAAUACCAGUGUAUCUGCCCCAAAGGCUUCCGAGGGCAGGACUGCUCCCUGCCAGAUGCGUGUGCAGCCAGCCCCUGUGCCAACGGGGCACGCUGCACCAACUGGCAUGGGCGCUACAACUGCACGUGCCCGCCAGGCUACCAGGGCCGCACGUGCCGUGGGGAUGUGGAUGAGUGCCGCCAGCCGGGCGUGUGCCGCCAUGGGGGCACCUGCCUCAACACCCCGGGCUCCUUCCGCUGCCAGUGUGCCGCCAGCUUCACGGGGCCCCUGUGCGAGAGUUUCUACACACCCUGCGCGCCCUCCCAAUGCCUCAACGGUGGCACGUGCCGCCAGACCGGGGAGCUGAGCUACGAAUGCACCUGCCUGCCGGGCUUCGAAGGGCAGAACUGCGAGAUAAAUAUUGACGACUGCCCAGGCCACAAGUGCCUGAAUGGGGGCACCUGUGUGGACGGUGUCAACACCUACAACUGCCAGUGCCCACCUGAGUGGACAGGACAGUUCUGCACAGAGGAUGUUGAUGAGUGCCAGUUGCAGCCCAACGCCUGCCACAAUGGGGGCACCUGCUUCAACACCAACGGGGGCCACACCUGUGUGUGUGUCAACGGCUGGACGGGCGAGAGCUGCAGCGAGAACAUUGAUGACUGUGCCACGGCUGUCUGCUUCAAUGGUGCCACUUGCCAUGACCGUGUGGCCUCCUUCUACUGCGCCUGCCCCAUGGGCAAGACAGGCCUCUUGUGCCACCUGGACGACGCAUGUGUGAGCAACCCAUGCCACGAGGAUGCCAUCUGCGACACCAACCCUGUGAACGGCCGUGCCAUCUGCACCUGCCCACCCGGCUUCACCGGUGGCGCCUGCGAUCAGGACGUGGACGAGUGCUCCAUCGGCGCCAACCCGUGCGAGCACUUUGGGCGGUGCGUGAACACGCAGGGCUCAUUCCAGUGCCAGUGUGGGCGCGGGUACACAGGCCCCCGCUGUGAGACUGACAUCAACGAGUGCCUGUCCAUGCCCUGCCUCAACGAUGCCACCUGCCUUGACCGCAUCGGCCAAUUCACCUGCAUCUGCAUGGCCGGCUUCAGCGGCACCUACUGUGAGAUCAACAUCGAUGAGUGCGAGAGCAACCCCUGUGUCAAUGGUGGACGCUGCAAAGACAUCGUCAAUGGCUUCACCUGCACCUGCCCCUCUGGCUUCUCAGGCUCCAUGUGCCAGAUUGACAUUGACGAGUGCGCCAGCACGCCCUGCCAGAAUGGCGCCAAGUGCCUGGACCGGCCCAACGCCUACGAGUGCCGCUGCACUGAGGGCUUUGAGGGCCCUCUGUGUGAGAGGAACGUGGACGACUGCUCACCUGACCCCUGUCACCAUGGCACAUGCCUGGACGGCAUUGCCAGCUUCACCUGCACCUGUGCUCCUGGCUACACUGGCUAUCGUUGUGAGAACCAGCUCAACGAGUGCCACAGCAACCCUUGCCAGCACGGUGGCAAGUGCAUCGACCGCAUCGACCGGUACCAGUGCAACUGCCUGCCCGGCACCUCCGGUGUGAACUGCGAGGUGAACUAUGAUGACUGCGCCAGCAACCCCUGUGACUAUGGCAUAUGUCGCGAUGGCAUCAACCACUAUGACUGCAUCUGCCAACCUGGCUUCACUGGGCCGCUGUGCAAUGUUGAGGUGGACGAGUGUGCCUCCAGCCCCUGCCAGAAUGGGGGCACAUGCAUGGAUGGGGAGAACGGGUUCCGCUGCCUCUGCCCUGAGGGCUUCCAUGGCCCCCACUGCUACUCUGAGGUGGAUGAGUGCAGCAGCAGCCCCUGUCUUCACGGCGCCUGCCGCGAUGUCCGCAAUGGGUACCAGUGCGAGUGUGAGCCAGGCUGGGCUGGAGCCAACUGUGAUGUGAACCGCAAUGAGUGCGAGUCCAACCCCUGCCAACACGGGGGCAGCUGCAUUGACCACGUCGAUGGCUACCGCUGCACCUGCCAAGACGGCUUCCAGGGGACCUACUGCCAGAUCAACAUCAACGACUGCAUCUCCAGCCCCUGCCUCAACAAGGGCACCUGCAUCGAUGGCAUCGCCAGCUACACUUGCCUUUGUGACCUGCCUUAUACAGGCCGCAACUGUGAAAAUGUACUGGCACCCUGUGCCCCCAACCCCUGUGAGAACAGUGGUACCUGUGCCCAUACGCCUGACUACGAGGCCUUCGUCUGCAGCUGCCCGCCUGGUUGGCAAGGGCAGCGGUGCCAGAUGGACGUAAAUGAGUGUGACCGAAGUCCCUGCCGGAACCGGGGCACCUGCACCAACCUGCGGGGUAGUUACCGCUGUGCCUGCCGACCUGGCUACAGCGGCCCUGACUGCGAGACCGAUGUGGACGACUGUACCCCCAACCCCUGCCUGAAUGGUGGCUCCUGCACGGAUGGGGUCAGCUCCUUUGCAUGCACCUGCCUGCCUGGCUUUGCGGGUCCACGCUGUGCCACCGAGAUUGAUGAGUGCGUGAGCACACCUUGCCGGCACGGCGGCACCUGCACCGACUAUGUGGACAGCUUCACCUGUGCCUGCCCCCCUGGCUGGGCUGGUCUGCGCUGCGAGGUUGAUGUGCAAGACUGCACUGACAGUUCCUGCUUCAAUGGGGGUACAUGCAUAGAUGGGGUGAACUCCUUCACCUGCCGGUGCCGGGCCGGCUUCACAGGCGCCCACUGCCAGCACGAGGUGGACGAGUGCCAGUCCCGGCCCUGUCUUCACGGGGGUGUCUGCAUGGAUGGCGUGGGCUCCUACCGCUGCCUCUGCCCCCACGGCUACUCUGGGACACGCUGCCAGACCCCCGUGGACCUGUGCCGCCGCUCGCCCUGCCAAAAUGGGGGCCGCUGCAUACGCACAGAGGGAGGUGCUGCCUUUGCCUGCGAGUGCCCGGGCGGCUGGACUGGGCGCUACUGUGACAUCCCCAAUGUGUCCUGUGCUGUGGUGGCAGCCAGCCGAAGGGUCUCCAAGGAGCAGGUGUGUCACUACCGGGGCCAAUGCGUGGAUGCCGGCAACACCCACUACUGCCUCUGCAAGGAGGGCUACACGGGCAGCUACUGUGAGAGCGAGGUGGACCACUGCCAGCCCGGGCCCUGCCAGCAUGGUGCCACCUGUCGCAGCUAUGUCGGCGGCUAUGUCUGUGAGUGUCUGCCUGGCUUCGAGGGCCCAAACUGCGAAUUCGAUGUGGAUGAGUGCCAGUCACAGCCCUGCCAGAAUGGGGGCACCUGCAUUGACUUGGUCGGGCGUUACAUCUGCUCCUGCCCGCCGGGCACACUGGGUGUCCUGUGCGAGAUCAACGAGGAUGACUGCGCAGUGGCACCUGGGACACCCGGGCCCAAGUGCCUGAACAAUGGGACAUGUGUGGACCGUGUUGGUGGAUACCGCUGCACCUGCCCCCCUGGCUACACAGGCCAGCGCUGCGAGGGUGACAUCAAUGAGUGCCGCACCAGCCCCUGCCACCCCCAGCACACACGUGACUGCCUGCAGGGUGCCAGUGACUUCCAGUGCCUCUGUAAACCUGGCUACACUGGUGAGCGUGGACACACGUGCAUGUGCCGGCGUUGCCAGAGUAUCAUCAACCCCUGUGAGUCGGCACCCUGCCAGAAUGGUGGGCAGUGCCACCCUGUGCCCACUGCCACUCUCGGCUAUGCCUGCCGCUGCCCCCAGGGCUUCUCAGGCGCCAGCUGUGAACGCAGCCCGGCCUCCUGCCGUGAGCUGACCUGCCUCAAUGGGGGCUCAUGCCGGGCCUCACCCCUUGGUGCCCGCUGUGCCUGCUUACCUGGCUACACUGGCCCUGACUGCCGCCUGCGGGCCAACACCAGCUGCGCCAGCUCACCCUGUCUCCAUGGUGGCACCUGCCAUGAUGGGCUGAGGCUUCCCUACUUCCAGUGCCAGUGCCCCAGUGGGUUCGGGGGCCUGCGGUGUGAGCGGGCACCACCCCGGCCCCCACCGCCGCCCCCCGCCGAGGCACGGUGCCCAUGGGAGGAAUGUGAGGUCAAGGCCGGGGACUCAUACUGUGACAAGGAGUGUAACAGCCCUGCCUGCCUGUGGGAUGGGGGCGACUGUUCACUGCUGGUGGAGGACCCCUGGAAGCAGUGCGAGGCCUCCCAGUGCUGGCGCCUCUUCAACAACAGUCGCUGUGACCAGGCCUGCAACACGGCUGCCUGCCUCUAUGACAACUUCGACUGCCGCAGCCGCGACCGCACUUGCAACCCCGUGUAUGAGAAGUACUGCUCAGACCACUUUGCAGAUGGGCAAUGUGACCAGGGGUGCAACACGGAAGAGUGUGGCUGGGAUGGGCUAGACUGCGCAGGCGCCGUGCCUGAGCAGCUGGCACGAGGUGUGCUGGUGUUGACUGUGCUGCUUCCACCUGAUGAGCUGCUGCGCACCAGUGCCACUUUCCUGCAGAAGCUCAGCGCCAUUCUGCGCACCUCACUGCGCUUCCGCCGUGACCACCAUGGCAACCCUCUCAUCCAGCCCUACUAUCGCCCCGCCCGUCGACCCCGUCGUGAACUCGCCCCUGAGAUCAUUGGGUCCGUAGUGACGCUGGAGAUCGACAACCGCCUCUGCUUCCAGGCCUCAGACAAGUGCUUCCCCGAUGCCCAGAGCGCUGCCGACUACCUGGCUGCCCUAUCCGUGGUGGAGCGCCUCGAGUUCCCCUACCCCAUCAAAGCCGUGCAGGGCGACAAGCUGGAAGAUGAGCCGGCGCCACUGCGCCUACUGCCGCUACUUGUGGUGGCAGGUGUGAUCCUGCUGGUGAUCCUGGCACUGGGUGUGCUGGUGGCACGGCGCAAGCGAGAGCACAGCACGCUUUGGUUCCCUGAGGGCUUCAGCCUGCGCAAAGAGACCAACAAGGGGCGACGCGAGCCUGUGGGCCAGGAUGCCCUGGGCAUGAAGAACAUCGCCAAGGGGGAGAGUCUCAUGGGGGAGCACGCAGAAGACUGGCUGGAUGCCGAGGUCCCGGAGGCCAAGCGACUCAAGGUGGAGGAGGCAGGCGCGGAGCCAGGGGAUGCGGUGGACUGCCGCCAGUGGACCCAGCACCACCUGGUGGCAGCCGACAUCCGUAUGCCGCCCUCCAUGGCCCUCACGCCGCCCCAGGGCGAGUUCGACACUGACUGCAUGGACGUCAAUGUGCGCGGACCGGAUGGGUUCACACCACUGAUGCUGGCCUCGUUCUGUGGCGGCGGGGCGGAGGCUGAGGUAGCUGAGGAUGAGGAGGGCGAAGAUGGUCCAGGAAGCAUCAUUGCCGACCUCAUCGGGCAGGGCGCCAGCCUGGGCGCCCAGACCGACCGCACGGGUGAGACCGCGCUGCACCUGGCCGCCCGCUAUGCCCGUGCUGAUGCCGCCAAGCGCCUGCUGGACGCUGGUGCCGACACCAAUGCCCAGGAUGGCACUGGGCGUACGCCGCUGCAUGCUGCCGUCACCGCCGAUGCCCAGGGGGUCUUCCAGAUCCUGAUCCGGAAUCGGUCGACGGACCUGGACGCACGCAUGCUGGAUGGCUCAACAGCCCUGAUCCUGGCAGCGCGGCUAGCUGUGGAGGGCAUGGUAGAGGAGCUCGUUGCCUGUCAUGCUGACGUCAAUGCUGUGGAUGAACUGGGCAAGUCAGCGCUGCACUGGGCUGCAGCUGUGAACAAUGUGGAGGCCACAAUUGCCCUGCUCAAGAAUGGAGCCAACAAGGACAUGCAGGACAGCAAGGAGGAGACGCCGCUGUUCCUGGCAGCCCGUGAGGGCAGCUACGAGGCGGCCAAGAUCCUGCUAGAUCACUUUGCCAACCGGGAGAUCACGGACCACCUGGACCGGCUGCCACGGGACAUCGCCCACGAGCGGCUGCACCAUGACAUCGUGCGACUGCUGGAUGAGCACAGCGCUGGCCGUAGUCCCCCUGGUGGCCUGGCACCUGCCCAUGCCCUCUCGCCCCUCGUCUGCCCGCCUGGUGGCUUCCUGCCUGGUCUCAAGCCGGCACCGGGCAGCAAGAAGAGCCGGCGGCCCAGUGCCAAGGGGGCAGGGGUGGGGGCAGGCACUGGGCCAGGAAAGGAGCCCAAGGGCCGUGGCAAGAAGCUGAGCCUUGAGUGCCCAGGAGGCCUGCUGGAGAGCUCCGUCACCCUGUCACCUGUCGACUCAUUGGACUCACCUUACGUGGCCAACCCAACUUCACCUGGCCUGGCCUCGCCUGGUGUCUUCCACACUGGUGGCUCAGCCCUCUCAGUGCCUGGGCUGUUGGAGACGCCUUUCGCUGUGAGCCUGGCGCGGCUGGGAGAGGCAGGUGAGGCAUCUGGCACUCUGCUGUCCAUGGGCCGUGUGGGGCUGCGCCCACCAGGCUGCAUGGGUCUGGGGCUGGGCAUGGUGAGCCCUGUGGCUGUGCCCUUUGAGUGGCAUGCCCGCCCGCCUGCACCUGUCAUUGGCGUGGUGCACCCGGCCACCUCCCAUCCCAACCUGCACCAGUCAGGCCAGGCCUUUGCCCCUGGGCUACUGCUGCCUGGCCCCAUGACCGUGCUUCACAGCUCCCAGGUGCUUGGCAGCCCUGGGCCUGGUGCCAAGGAGCCAACCCCGGCACCUAGCACUGCCAUGCCCCCACCUGCACCUGGCCCAGCCCGUGGGGAGGGGCAGGGGCAAGGGGGCUCCCGGCCCCCGCAGUACUUCAAAGCACCUGGGGGGCCAGGGGCUGAGGAGUUCCAAACAGCGCCUCCGCCCCCAGGUGGCGGGUACGCAGAGGGGCGGUACCUGCGGGUGCCUAGUGAGCAUCCCUACCUGACACCCUCGCCCGAGUCGCCCGAGCAGUGGGCCAGCCCCUCACCCCGCUCCCUGUCCGACUGGUCUGAGGGCACUGGCAGCCCUGCUGUGCUGCCUCCCAACCAGACCCAGCUGCCCCCACUGCCUGACCCACCCGCCAAGAUGCAGGUAUUUGCCUAAGCAGGGAUGGGGUAGUGCCAGGCCCUCUGCUCCUACCUUCUGUGCUAGGGGGCCAAGAUCCCACCUUGCUCCUGCCUUCUGGGCUGGGGGACUAAGAUCUCCCCUGCUCCUGCCUUCUUGGGAGGGGGGGCAAGACCCCUCCACUCUUGCCUUCUGGGCUGGGGGGGGUGCUGAACCCCCCCUGCUUCUGCCUUUCUGGGUGGGGGUCCUGACCCCGCCCCUGACUCCUGCCUUCUGGGGUGGGGGGGCCAAGAUGCCCCCUCCCCACUCUUGCCUUCUGGUCUGGUGGGGGUCGAGACCUCCCCUCAGCCUUGCCUUAUUGGGGACCUUCUCCCUCACCUUUUUUUAUAUACAAGACAAAAGCCGCCCCCCCCUCCCCCCCCCAGUGCUGGGGGCAGGGUGUGCCCCCUGCCUGCCUGCCUGCCUGGGGGAGGGUGUCCAGGCCCCCCCACCUUGUCUCCCCAGCCGGGCACACAGCUCUAUUCCCCCCUCCCCCCCCCCCCCGCUUGUGUAUAGAAGCUGCCCCACGUUGUAUGCGUGUCCAGUAGGUGUUGCUGAAGCACCGCCCGCCCCUCCCUGCCUGGGGGUGCCUGCCUAGCAGCACCCCCACUCCUUUCCCCCCCACCCCAUACAGCGGCUGCGGGUAUUUGCGUACUGGGUACGCGGCGUCUUAGCCCCGCAGCCGCCUCGGGGAAGGACCACCCCUCCCCAAACUGGGGGUCCAGCCCCCCCCAAAGUUAUCAGCACUUCAUCACAUUCCAGACUGUUAUUCCUUGUGGCGCCUCCUUCCCCUACCCUGGGGUCUGGGGGGUUUUAUGGGGGCCCCCUAGGGCCACUGCCCCCCAGUGGUAGCUGACAUGGGGGGGGGCCUUGCUAGAGCAUCACUGCCACGGCCCCUGCCCCCACAAUCCCCAUGGUACGAUGCUGACAGCCCCCCCACUAACCCAGUGCUUUGUACAUAGGCCUGGGGGCGCCGGCAGGGCUCCCCCUGCCCCCCCUCAUCCCCCAGCCGGAUGGGCCUAGCUCACCCCGGCCCCCUGUGCAGCGCCCCUAACCCCUGUACAGAUCCCUUCCCCCACCCCCCAACUUGCGCCUAAUAAACUAGUUAAUGAGG